AUGGCCAAGAAGCCCAAAGUGACCUUGCCACCCAUCACAUGGGAUGCCAAUGACCACACACUUGUUUGGUUUUGUGUGAACACUUCAGGCGAGAUGAAAGCCAGCAUUUUUUGGCACUUUGGCUCUGUCCUGCUGCCUGAGCUGUACAGCAUGGAUGCUGCAGCCACCAGGGAUCAGAUUAAACACAAAUAUGAAGGGCUCGCGAAACCGUACAAGCAGCAUGUGAAGAGGCUUGCUAUCACUGGGGAGGGCAUUGGCACUGAUGCUGAGGAUGGUAUGGAUGUAGAGACCUGUACAUACUUCAUUGAGGCUACUGGGCCAAAUGAGGGCACUCCUACAGAAGCAAGAAACAUCUGGGAUGAUAUUAUCUCCCAGUUACCUUUCUUCCCUGAUCCCCAUUGCAUCUGGGCUAUGAAACCUAACAAAAAUCCCAUUGCAGUCACUAUGGGUGUUGGGCCCUCCAGAAAGAGGGCACUGAUCAUGCAACCUCUUGCAGCUAAUGAUGAGACAGCUGAGCAUGAUGAUGAUCUUGGGUUGACUGACUCUCAGUGCCAGGAGAUCCAGACUUUGCAGGAUGCACUGGAUUCACAGCCUACCCCUGUUACCCCUCUGCAUGCCAUGCCAUGGCCAUCAUUGAUAUCACAGGAGAGUGUUCUCAAGGCCAAGGAAUGCAUUCAGAAGGUGAUGAAGAAGUGUACCAUUGAGGAUACUCUGAUGGACAUUCACAAGUCAAAUACUGAUGCCAUCAAUUCUCAUAUUCAGGAGGAGCUGAUCAUCAAAAAGUGCCAGCUGCUUUUGGAGGAGUUCAGAGCAGUAGUCACUCCUGACUGGCACUUGGAUUUCUGA